CUCCAUUCGGUGAACGCAUCAAACACAUUUGAAUCGUGCGAUUGCGAGAUGAUGAACCAUCUCACGCGUUGAAAUUACGUGUUUCGCUCGAUAUCUACUUGAAAUAUUACAUAUAAAAAUAUAAAAGUAAACGAAAGUGCAAUGAACGCUGGUAUGCAGGAGACCAUGCAUAAUUUGAGUAAGACUAUGAACGAAGAACACAUCUACGGAAACGGAGAGGCAAUCAUUUCCGAGGAAUCGCCAGCAAAGCAGAAGUUGAGGAGCUGGCUAAAUCGAAAUCUACGAAUCGAGAUGACGGAUGGAAGAGUUUUAAAGGGAGCGUUCUUGUGCACCGAUCGCGAUGCCAAUGUUAUUCUGGGUUCGUGCUCGGAAUAUCUGUCUACAGAGCACACAGAAGCAAGAGUUCUAGGUUUGGUGAUGGUACCUGGUCGACAUAUCGUUUCGAUACAUUUGGACGUUUGAAACAGCUCUACUCACAAGUUUGUAAAUAAUCCAUUAUACUUAUUUAUUAUUGACACCGAUAUUAUACAAGUGUAUCAUAUUCAUCCAGUUUGAGGAGAUCCGGUUUCUGUGAUACAGACAAGUUUGCAAAAAUUAAUGCGUACAAAUGCAGUUGUCAGGUAUCGAUGUGUUUGGCACAUGUAUUACAGCUUAAUGCACACAUUUAUAUUACAGCCUAGUGUUUAUGUUAGAAGAAAAUAAUAAAGGAUGUUUUAUCGAUUACUUUUUAUGAGGGAUUAUAAAUCAGUGGCAAAGUGUCAAAUUAAUUAUUAUAAAAGCCAACAAUUUCCAUUUGAUAAAUGCUUUCGUUGAAAAUUAUAGGGGCGAGAAUAAAACAAAGUUUAGAUUAAUUAUUACACUGUGCAUAACAUUGAUAAAUGUAAACGAAAUGUUUCAUUAAAGUAUUCAUGUAGAACUAAACUGUUGCAAAUGAAUAAUAAAUUUUUUUUGUGAAGUUAU